UUAGACGCUGUAGUGGGCGCUAUGCCUUAACUGAUGACCAUCGACAAAGUAACUUAAUGCCAGGAAAGUUGGAAACUAUUUAAGAGAGGGAGUGAUUAUGUAUGGAAACAGUAGUUCAGCGAUCUGGGGGCACUGAGCAGUUGGAGCUCUGGAAGCUGCUCAAAGUGACUCACAAAACACCAAAGAUCAGAAGCGGGAAGGUGCACAGGGCAUUGAAUGGACCAUUCGGCGAGCGGAAGGUCCAGGUCCAGCGAAUGUUCAGAUAGCACCUAAAACUGAUCGCUUGGGUUAAAUUUGCCAAGGGAUCGUCUGAAGGAGCCAUUUCUCAUUCGAAAUGAACACAUCUGCUGCGCAAGUGGACGGGGAAGCCUCCUUUUACCCAGAGGCCAACGCCUCCGACGGACCGUGGUCGGAAAAUAACACCGAGGACUUUGAGUAUGACAUGCCCCCGAGCGUGGCCGACCUCCCGAUCCCCAUUCUCUACUGCCUGGUCUGUGUGGUGGGACUGCUUGGUAACUCCUUGGUGAUCUUCAUCAUUGUCCGACAUGUGAAGAUGAGGACAGUGACCAAUAUCUAUAUAUUGAACCUGGCGCUGGCGGACGGCUUAUUCAUGUUGGGGUUACCAUUUCUGGCGAUGCAGGUCGCUCUCCAACGUUGGCCUUUAUGCCACUUCAUGUGCAAGUUGGUGAUGAUCCUGGACGGCAUUAACCAAUUUACCAGUGUUUUCGGUAUCACUAUGAUGAGCUUGGACAGGUACGUGGCCGUCGUCCACCCCAUCAUAUCUUCCAGGUGGCGGAGUCCCAGCCUGGCAAAGAAAGUCAGUGUCAUCCUGUGGUUAAUCUCCUUCAUGCCCGUGAUCCCCAUGGCCAUCUACUCGGGUGUGGAUGACACUUCUGGUAUAUGCACCUUAAUGUGGCCGGAGCCCACCUCCGUCUGGAGAACUGCCUUCGUUGUGUCUGCCUUUGUGCUGGGAUUCGCCUUACCUUUCACCGUGAUCUCGCUCUGCUACAUCUUGCUGCUGGUGAAGAUAAAGGCCACGGUGGGAUCUUCGCAAAGCCCGGAGUCAGUGAGGUCAGAAAAGAAGAUAACCGUGAUGGUGGUGGCCAUCGUGGUGGUCUUUGCCGUUUGCUGGCUCCCCUUCUAUACCAUCAACAUCUGUGUGAUCUCCUCGUCCAUCUCCUGGAACUUCUCCCUGAGGAGCCUCUUCGAGUUCACGGUGGUCCUCUCGUACUUCAACAGCUGCGCCAACCCCAUCCUCUACGUCUGCCUGUCGAAAAGUUUCGGCAGGGCUUUCCAGAUGUUGCUGUGUCCCAGACUCGUGCUGAGGGCGAAGUCUGCCGCCGAUCGCCAGACGGCGGAUCUGACCGAGACCCAGCCGACAGUCUCCGGCGGGGAAUUGGAGAGCGUGCUCAGAUAGCGGCACUCUCCCCGUGGUUGGCCACCUACUCCCGCAAACCGAUUCCCCCAAAAUCGCCAAACCAGAAGGAAAUUCCCAGUCCGGGAACUUAUUGCGAACAUAGGGGAGCACGGAGCCCAGCACUGCGGGCGGGGGCGACGUGAAACAACCUCCCGUACAGGACAUCCCCCGCAGAA